UCCGUGAGUCAUUUUCUGCCCAUCUCUGGUCGCGCGGUCUCAGCGGUAGUCACCACAUUAAGAGGUUUGCAGGGUUGCAAAAUGGCAGAAGCGGAUCUUAACACGGUUUCGGAACCUGCCGCCCAAAAGGUUGCUGAAGAGAAGAUGGCUAGCUCCUCUAGUGAUUCUGGGGAGGAAUCUGACUGCAGUAGCUCUAGCAACAGCACUAGUUGCAGCAGCAGCAGCAGCAGCAGCAGCAGCAGCAGCAGCGGCCGCAGCCGCUUAUAUAGAAAGAGGAGGUUAUCUGGGCCUUCCAGAAAAGCACGACGGGCUCCUUUGGGUAAAAGUUUCGUGGAUAGGCUGCCUCGGGCCGUUAGAAAUCGUGUGCAGGCGCUCAGAAAUAUUCAAGAUGAAUGUGACAAGGUAGACAUCCUGUUCUUAAAGGCAAUUCACGAUCUCGAAAGAAAAUAUGCCGAACUCAAUAAGCCUCUAUACGAUCGGCGAUUUCAAAUAAUCAAUGCAGAAUAUGAACCUACAGAAGAAGAAUAUGAGUGGAAUUCAGAGGAUGAGGUGUUCAGCAGUGAUGAGGAGGUGCAGGAAGACAGCCCUAGUGAAAUGCCUGCUUUAGAGGGUGAGGAAGAAGAUAACGAGCCUAAAGGAAAACCUGAGGUAAAGGCUGAAGAAAAUGAGGUUCCAAAAGAAAUUCCUGAGACAAAGGCUGAAGAAAAAGCAGAGUCUAAAGAUUUUCUGGGGACAAAGCCUGAAGUGAAAGAAGACCCUAAAGUAGACCCUCAGGUAAAGGCAGAAGAUAAAGAACAGACUAGAGCCACGGAAGCUAAGGCAAAGGCUGCCAUAAUAGAGGCUCCUAAAAGAAUUCCUGGGGCCAGGCCUAAAGAAAGAGUGAAUCUUAAAAGAGCUCGUAAGGGAAAGCCUAAAAAAGAUCCUAAAGGCAUUCCUGACUAUUGGCUGACUGUUUUAAAGAAUGUUAACAAGCUCGGGCCCAUGAUUCAGAAGUAUGAUGCACCCAUUCUGAAGUUCUUGUCAGAUAUUAGCCUAAAGUUCUCAAAACCUGGCCAGCCUAUAAGUUACACAUUUGAAUUUUAUUUUCUACCCAAUCCAUACUUCAGAAAUGAGGUGCUGACCAAGACGUAUAUAAUAAAGUCAAAACCAGAUCACAAGGAUCCCUUCUUCUCUUGGGGAUGGGAAAUCCAAGAUUGCAAGGGCUGUAAAAUAGAUUGGAGAAGAGGAAAGGAUGUUACUGUGACAACCACCCAGAGUCGAACAACUGCUACUGGAGAAAUUGAAAGUCAGCCAAGAGUGGUUCCUAAUGCAUCAUUCUUCAAUUUCUUUAGCCCUCCUGAGAUUCCUAAGAUUGGAAAGCUAGAGCCACGAGAAGAUGCUAUCCUUGAUGAGGACUUUGAAAUUGGUCAAACUUUACAUGAUAAUGUCAUCCUGAAAUCGAUCUAUUACUAUACAGGAGAAGUCAAAUGUACCUAUGAAGAUAGUACAAAUUAUGGAAACAGGAAAUAUCGAAAAUAAAAAAAGAAGCUGCUUGAAAGAAUUUUCAAGAAUCUCAAAACUUCAAUCAGAAGUGAAGCAGGUUUAUAUAGCCUUAGGCGAGAUGGGAGGGGGGCGCUGCUCUAUAGCCUCAACACUAGCAUUCCUUAUAGUCUUGUGUUUUCAUAUUUUCUUGGUAGUCUGAAAAUGGUCUUACAGUGUCUAAGUAUCAGUUUAUCUAGCCUGUUGUAGUGUAAU